GACCAUGCUGGUCAUUUAUGAACAUUUGAACAUCUUGGCCAUGUUCUGUUAUAAUCUCCACCCGGCACAGCCAGAAGAGGACUGGCCACCCCUCAUAGCCUGGUUCCUCUCUAGGUUUCUUCCUAGGUUCUGUCCUUUCUAGGGAGUUUUUCCUAGCCACUGUGCUUCUACACUUGCAUUGCUUGCUGUUUGGGGUUUUAGGCUUGGUUUCUGUACAGCACUUUGAUAUAUCAGCUGAUGUAAGAAGGGCUAUAUUAAUAAAUUUGAUUUGAUUUUGAUUUGAUGCAGCUCGAUGGUGCUCCUGUAGAACACUGUGAGGGCCCUCGAGGACAGGCCACAUUUCAAAUCAAAUUGAACUUUAUUUGUCACAUGCGCCAAAUACAACAACCUUACCGUGAAAAUGCCAUUAACCAACAGUGCAGUUCAAGAAGAGUUUAGAAAAUAUUGACCUAAUAAUAAAAAGUAACAUAACAAUAACGAGGCUAUAUACGUACCGGUACCGAGUCAGUGUGCGGGGGUACAGGUUAGUUGAGGUCAUUUGUAAAGGUAGGGGUAGGGGUGAAGUGACUAUACAUAGAUAAUUAACAGCGAGUAGCAGCAGUGUACAAAACAAAUGGGGAGGGUGGUGGGUCAAUGUAAUAGUCCGGUGGCCAUUUGAUUAAUUGUUCAGAACUCUUAAGGCUUGGGGGCAGAAGCUGCUAAGGAGCCUUUUGGUCCUAGACUUGGUGCUCCGGUACCGCUUGCUGUGCGGUAGCAGAGAAAACAGUCUAUGACUUGGGUGAGUCUCCGAUAAUUUUAUGGGCUUUCCUCUGACACCGCCUAUUAUAUAGGUCCUGGAUUGCAGGAAGCUUGGCCCUAGUGAUGUACUGGCCUGUACGCACUAACCUCUGUACCGCCUUAUGGUCAGAUGCCGAGCAGUUGCCAUACCAGGUCAGGAUGGUCUCGAUGGUGCAGCUGUAGAACUUUUUGAGGAUCUGGGGUCCCAUGCCAAAUCUUUUCAGUCUCCUGAGGGAAAAGGUUUUGUCGUGCCCUCUUCCCGACUCUCUUGGUGUGUUUGGACCAUGAUAGAUCAUUGGUGAUGUGGACACCAAGGAACUUGAAACUCUCGACCCGCUCCACAACAACCCCGUUGAUAUUAAUAGGGGUGUGUUCUGCCCGCCUUUUGCUGUAGUCCACGAUCAGCUCCUUUGUCUUGCUCACAUUGAGGGAGAGGUUGUUGUCCUGGCACCACACUGCCAGUUCUCUGACCUCCUCCCUAUAGGCUGCUUCUUCUUGCCUUCUGAGGUUGAAGAGUCACAGUCGUGACUUCUUCACAUCGGUGUCCGUGUGGUUUGACCAUUUCAGCUCCUUGGAGAGCGCUGUGGUGGCUUCUUCACAUCGGUGUCCGUGUGGUUUGACCAUUUCAGCUCCUUGGAGAGCGCUGUGGUGGCUUCUUCACAUCGGUGUCCGUGUGGUUUGACCAUUUCAGCUCCUCAGAGUGCUGAGGAACUUGACGUUUUUGACCGUCUCCGUGGCAGCUCCGUUGAUGAGGAAGGGGGCGUGCCCAGCCUGGUUUUAUUUAUAGCCCUAGUCCACUUGUCUAGACUAUAAGUCUACUUCUUCUGGGUUUAUUUAUGUAACCUUUAUUUAACUAAGCAAGAACACAUUCUUAUUUAAUUUGACGGCGUACACGGGACAACGCUGGGCCAAUUGUGCGCCGCCCUUUGCGACUCCAAAUCACAGCCGGUUGUGAUACAGCCUGAAAUCAAACCAGGGUGUCUUUAGUGACGCCUCUAGCACGGAGAUGGAGUGCCUUAGACCGCUGCGCCCCUCGGAAGCCCAGUGGUGAAUGGUGAAAGCAGAUUCACCCACAUUUCAGCACUGCCUUUGUCACAUUUUGAUGACUAUAUAGUAUUUAGGCUAUCUCUGUUAUUAAUCUAUAGUUUGUUGGUACUUGCUAUCCGGGAUCUUCGGGGUGUCCUUGCCCCCAUUGAAGUUUACAUUAGGGUACGGGUGUCCCAAGGAUUUUGAAGAACACUAUAGUUUGUUGGGGACUACAGACUAGGGGCGGGUUCGGAGGACCCGUGCUAUCCCAGCAUGCAAUAGUCGGAGCUGUACCCAACACGCGCAGCCGCGGAACAGCGUGCAUGAAUACGGAAAGGAAAAUUCAUCCAUCAAAAUUUUAUUUAGCCGGAUUAUUAUUAUAUGAGAAUCAACACAAAAACAAGCUAUAUUUGGAUCCGAAUAACAUUAAUUUAUCUGUACUGAUACGGUGAUAUUGGAGGAAACGAACGACCGAGGGUUUAGCUAGCUACUGAAAAUGUCCCUGGUUUGUGCAAUCUCGAAUGAGGUGCCGGAGCACCCCUGCGUGUCGCCGGUGUCCAACCAGGUGUUCGAGCGGCGGCUGAUUGAGAAGUACAUCGCCGAGAAUGGAACAGACCCUAUGAAUGGGCAGCCUCUGUCAGAGGAACAGCUGAUAGACAUUAAAGUCUCUCACCCCAUCAGACCCAAAGCUCCCUCAUCCACUAGUAUCCCAGCCAUCCUCAAAGCUCUGCAGGACGAGUGGGAUGCGGUGAUGCUCCACAGUUUCACCCUGAGGCAGCAGUUACAGACGACACGUCAGGAGUUGAGCCACGCCCUCUACCAGCACGACGCCGCCUGCAGGGUCAUCGCCCGUCUCACCAAGGAGGUCACUGCCGCCAGAGAGGCUCUGGCCACUCUGAAGCCACAGGCGGGAUUGGUGGUUGCUCAGGCAGUCGCUUCCCAGCCCUCUGUCACGGCUGGAGGUGCAGGAGAGCCCAUGGAGGUCAGUGAGCAGGUGGGAAUGAUACCAGAGAUCAUACAGAAGCUGCAAGACAAGGCCACUGUCCUGACCACGGAGAGAAAGAAGAGAGGAAAGACAGUUCCAGAAGAGCUGGUCCGAACGGAGGACCUCAGCAAGUACAGACAAGUGGCUACCCAUGCUGGUCUCCACAGUGCCAGUGUGCCUGGGAUCCUGUCUCUGGACCUGUGUCCCUCCGACACCAACAAAGUGCUCACUGGCGGGGCUGAUAAGAACGUGGUGGUGUUUGAUAAGAAGGAGGAGCAGAUCAUCGCAACCCUGAAAGGACAUACCAAGAAGGUCACCUCUGUCAUCUACCACCCCUCUCAGUCGGUAGUGUUCUCGGCCUCUCCAGACAGCACUAUCCGCGUGUGGUCCGUUACCGGGGGCAACUGUGUCCAGGUGGUGCGGGCUCACGAGGCGAGCGUCACCGGGCUCUCUCUCCACGCCACCGGAGACUACCUGCUCAGCUCCUCCGAGGAUCAGUACUGGGCCUUCUCUGACAUCCAAACAGGUCGUGUUCUCACCAAAGUCACUGAUGAGGCUGCAGGAUGUGCUCUGACCUGUGCCCAGUUCCACCCUGACGGUCUGAUCUUCGGGACGGGGACGGCCGACUCUCAGAUCAAGAUCUGGGACCUGAAGGAGCGCACCAAUGUGGCCAACUUCCCCGGCCACAUCGGCCCUGUCACCUCCAUCGCCUUCUCUGAGAACGGAUACUACCUGGCUACAGGUGCCCAGGACAGCUCAGUGAAGCUCUGGGAUCUGAGGAAGCUGAAAAACUUCAAAACCAUCACCCUGGACAACAACUACGAGGUGAAGUCCCUGGUGUUUGACCAGAGUGGGACGUACCUGGCUGUGGGUGGCACUGACAUCAGGGUCUACAUCUGUAAGCAGUGGUCCGAGGUCCUCAACUUCACAGAACACACUGGGGUGGUGACUGGCGUGGCGUUCGGGGAGCACGCACAGUUCCUCACCUCCACCGGAAUGGACAGGAGCCUCAAGUUCUACAGCCUGUAACAACAGGGAUCAAAGAUCAUAUGGGCAGAGUGAUGGAUGGCUCUGAUUGGCUGGCCUCUCUGAGGUCACAUGGAAAGAGACUUUGGAUGCGUCCCAAAUGGCACCCUAGGGAAUAGGAUGCCAUCUGGGGGACACACAGACCCUGCAGCAGUUGAUCAGAAGGAAAAUGCAGCCUGAUUGGAUAAUAAUCUGAGGCUGGAAUGUUAGAAUGGAUUUUUAACUGAUAUGCUCCAUGAACAAUGGUGAAACAGAGCACAUCAGUUUGGAUUCCGGGUGACUGGAAUUCACCCAAAAUAUGUCAUGCAACAAUCAUACUAUACUAAGAGCCAUGGUGCGUGUCCCAAAUGGCACCCUAUUCCCUAUAUAGGGCUACACUACUAUUGACAGGAGCCCUAAGGUUGUACACGAUAAAGGGAAUAGGGUACCAUUUGGGACGCAAGCAUUGACUGAAUCACACCAAGAGCCAUACAAGCAUAUUGUAGACCAUGUCCAUUCAUCAAUGUGUAUAUCGUACCUUGUAAGACCCCCCCCCCCACCACACACACAGAGGUGACUUCAGAGUGAACAUUAAUGUUGUAGAUAUAUAUAAUAUAUAUAUAUUUGAAGCUCAGUGCCACCUUUAUUUGUAUUCAUAUCAUUACAGUAUCAGUAUGUGGUAUUAGUCUUUACAGCUUGUGAACGUCUUGAUUUCAUGCCUUUUAUUCUCCUCAUCCUUUUUUUUAACUAUCCAUUGUUUAUUGUACAAUGUGAAUGAUUUCGGUUAGUUGGUAAGUGAUGCCAAUGAUUUGAGGAAAUUCUAAUAUUUGUAUAUAUUUUUUUAACCUUCAUAUCUUUAUUUUAUUAUCGUAUUGUCCCUGCUUUCUUCAUGAAAUGCCUGUUUUAUGCAUUAUGCUUUUGCCAGGUUCAGAUUGUUUUUGGAUCAUCAAUCAAUAAACGUCAAAACAGUCUAA